ACCCAGGCGAAGGGUUUGUUCCCCUCCAAGGGUGUUUAUAGCCAGUAACUUAGACUGUGUUCAGGUCUGGUUUCAGGACUGCUGCCCUCGUCCAUUCAUCCCCCGUCCUUCCUGGUGUCUGUUGCCUUUUGGUUGCCUUGAACCAGACUCUUUGGGGCCCUGUGUCUUGUGUUUGUGCACCACCUACCGCCAUAGGGCCCUAAGUGUGCCUCUGAAAUACAAAUACACCCACUCUCUUCCUAUUUGUGACGUUGGCCCCAGUCCUGCAAGUAUCGGGGGGUAGCCGUGUUUGUCUGUAUCCACAGAAACAACAAGGAGUCCGGUGGCACCUUAAAAACUAACAGAUUUAUUUGGGCAUAAGCUUUUGUGAGGUAAAAAAAACCUCACUUCAGAUGCAACACAAAUGUGCGCACGUCCUGCAAAUGUGUCCAUGCUUACCUUUAAGCGCGAGUAGUCCCAAUGACUACUUAGGGGGAAAGCAAGUCAAAUGGGGCAAUCUUAGUUUUGUGUCUUGACAAGCAGAAUAUAAUUGUUCUUCCAUUGCCUGCGAGAUUAACGGGCUCCAUGACUGUGGCUUGAACGGAGGGCUAGAAGUUCCAUUCCCAGUGCAGCAUUGGACCAUUCCCUUAGACGUCGUUGAGCCUCAGUUUCCCCAGCUGUAAAAUGGGAGAAUAUUUGCUGCCAUCACAGGAGUGCUGCAAUCUUUACAAAGUGUUACCUCAGUGUUAAAUAUUAUCAAUGCAGUGCCAAUGCUUUCUGUUUCCACGUGCCAUUGGAAUUGUAGAGUUCUCUCAGCAUAAUUACUGAAAUCAGACACUGGUACAUGUGCCCAUCUCUAUAUAGCCCGUUAGCAUCCUAGGUGAUCAUCUGCACCUUUGUUUUAUUUCUUUCUUUAGCUGUCUAUUUGUACAACUGUGUAAAAGAGCACCUGUCACAGGCUUUGAGCUCCAUCGUUAGUCCUGGACAGAAACAAAAUCCAGCUGGGCCUUAUUUUAUGGAGGACCUGGAAUUACUUGUCUAGCAAAACCUACCUCAUCCCUUUGGCUGCACGUUUCUCUCAGACCAGGUGGUGGUGAUUGAUACUUGCUAGGGACUUGAGUAGAAAUUGUUGGUGGAUCAAAAACAUGUUUGAAAACAUGCAUUCUUUCCACCCCCACGCAACAGUUCUCGAUUUUCACACGUUCAACUUUAAAAAUAAUGUAAUGUGGGGGAGGCCAGGGCAGCAUAUAUUUUCUUUCCUGGGUGUUGCUUCCUACAUUCUUUGAGCAUUCUCUUUUAUAAGCUUUCUCUCCUCCUUCCUGAUUCAUUCACUAUGUGUCAGUCCAGUGUUUGUGUUGACAUUAAAGCUUGACUUCAGUAGGCAGUAGCUGAGUAGAAAGGAGGUAACUUCUGUUCACACACUAACACCUUGGUGUGCAGCAGGGAGGAGAAAGGAAAUACAGGGAGAGUAGAAUUACUGGGUAAGGUUUUGAUAACUUUCUCUGUUUACUGGCAUCAGGUGACUUGUUACUUAAGAGGGAGUUGCAGACUUAUCAAAAACUAAGCAGACCUACAUGUUGAUUGAAAAACAAGCUAUACAAAAGGAGUUUUGAAAGGGAUGCUGUUUAGAUGGGUACCAUCCACCACUUGAGCUACUGACUUGUUUGGAGGUGUUUGAAAAGCCUGUCAUCCUGUCCAUUUCUCUCAUUCAGACACUUCAGAACACAAUGCUAUAAACUGAGCACUCAGGAGCAACUCUCUAAUAGCCGACAAGGGUGGAAGAGCAGUGGGGAGGAAACACUUCUGAUAUCAAAUGUUCAAAGGGUUGCUGUAAACGACAGUGAGGGAAAGCAUGGUGGGAAAACCAACCGUUUUCUCCAUUAGGCCAGUUUUAGUCCAUCCCUGUCCAUCUGCCCCCUCAAAAAAUCCCAUCCAGACUGACUUAGUACCAGUUUAAUGCCGUUCAGAUCAAAGGGGUGAUAUAAUGGAUGGUGAGAGUGGGGUUUCGACUGGAAGCCACACAAACACGAGCUUGUUGGGAAAGCUUUUGAAGGCAGGCUAGAUGUACUCUCUCAUUUUACUCACUGGAACUAUGGCUCUCAAACAAAACCUUCACACGUACUGAAGGAUUUUGCUGCCAAAGGAUAUGGAAAUCAGCUGAUUCUCAGCUGCCUUUCUUUCCCCACAUAGCAUAGUGCUGGCAAGUACCCCACUGCAAAUAUGGCCACGCUGGAAUCUGCUCGAAGGAAAUAUUUCUGUAUCCUGUAGAAUGCCUUUAACCUGUUAAUAAGCAGUUCCCUACAUGCAUUGUGUGUGUCAUUCUUUUCCCCACCUAAUGUCCCUGAAAAUCAAAUGUCCUAUAAAGGCAUCAUGGUAUAUUUGCUUGACAGUACUUAGCCCUGACAUCACUUUACAAAUAUUCAUUGGCAAAUCCUUGCAACACUCCAGAAGGGUGGGUAGGUAUGAUCUGUAUGGAAAUGGAGUAUAAUUCUAAUGUAAAUGCUCCUGUGCACAUAUGGCAGCGUUGGGGAAAUGUUCAGUUACGUGAUGUUUCUAGGUACUGAUUUGGGGUAAGCUCAGCUCAACAAUACUAGAGUCUAGCUGCCAGCCAGUAGCAAUGCAGAGUACCAGUCUUAUGAAACACUUGACACCUCAGCUGGAAGCUGAGCCAUCCCAGCAGGGGAAGGCAAACAGUUGCAAAGUGGCUUUGAAUAGUAACUACUGGGUCAGGUGCAGUGGCAGUUCUGUUGACAUUAGAAUUGAAGGACAAGGGAUACUGUAGAACAUUAGUGAUUGCGUCUCUGACACCUCAGAAUUCAUAUGUCAUCUGAAGAACAGUAGCCUGUAUUCCAGUGAGAUCUCACAGGGCGUGAAGGAAUUGCAGAGCUGGUAGCAGGGUAGUGGAGUUGGCACUUUAAGUGGUGCAAGUGCCGUUGUUAUGCGUGGCCUUUGGUGAAGAUUCUUGGUAUCCAGUGAUGAUAGGUCAUAUGUAAUCUGCCCUUGCAGGGGAAGCAGAGUGAAUAAUCUCCUAGGCGCCUCCCAUCUCUAGCCGGGGUGACCCAACAUGUUUUUUCGAUCAAUUUUUUUUACAUGGUCUUUGCAUCUGUGAGCUAAUCCAGUCUGUGCCUUCGUUUUGCAUGCUGGACGAUAGCUGUAAUCCUGAAACUUUAUUUUUUGUUCCUCUUGCAGAGUAUAAUUCUAAGAAGAAAAGGAAAGUAGCGGAGAUUUAUCGGGCCCUGAACAGCGAUCCCAUUGAUGUGGCUGCACUCAGACGAAUGGCGAUCAGUGAAGGGGGUCUCCUGACAGAUGAGAUUCGUUGCAAAGUAUGGCCAAAGCUUCUCAACGUGAAGACGGAUGAUCUGCCUCCUGUUCCAGGAAAGGAGCUGCGGGAGGACAAUGACGACUACCAGCAGGUGUUACUGGAUGUGAGGCGAUCCCUGCGCCGCUUCCCACCCGGGAUGCCAGAUGAGCAGAGGGAAGGGCUCCAGGAAGAACUGAUCGACAGCAUCCUGCAGGUUUUACAGCGCAACCCCCAGCUGCACUACUACCAGGGCUACCAUGACAUUGUGGUGACUUUUCUGCUGGUCGUGGGGGAGAGACUGGCGACUGCUCUUGUGGAAAAGCUUUCGACCCACCACCUCAGGGAUUUUAUGGACCCAACAAUGGACAACACCAAGCACAUUUUAAAUUACCUGAUGCCCAUUAUAGACCAGGUGAACCCUGAACUCCAUGACUUCAUGCAAAGUGCUGAAGUGGGAACCAUCUUUGCACUCAGUUGGCUGAUCACCUGGUUUGGGCAUGUCCUGGCUGACUUCCGACAUGUGGUGCGAUUGUAUGACUUCUUCCUGGCAUGUCACCCGCUGAUGCCCAUUUACUUUGCUGCUGUGAUAGUGCUAUAUCGGGAGCAGGAGGUUCUGGACUGCGAAUGCGACAUGGCCUCUGUCCACCAUCUCUUGUCCCAGAUCCCACAGGACCUUCCCUACGAGACCCUGAUUAGCAGAGCUGGGGAUCUCUUCGUCCAGUUUCCUCCGUCAGAGCUUGCCAGGAAGGCAGCACAGCAGCGUGCUGAGAGGACCGCUGCUUCCACCUUUAAAGACUUUGAGUUGGCUUCAGCCCAGCAGAGACCAGACACGGUGCUCCGGCAGCGCUUCAGGGACCGGCUCCGAGUGGAGGAACGGACAAAAUCCAUCUUGACAAAACCAAGGACCAACCGCUUUGUCAAGCUGGCAGUGAUGGGGCUGACGGUGGCACUGGGGGCAGCUGCUCUUGCCGUGGUGAAGAGUGCACUAGAAUGGGCACCCAAGUUCGAACUGCAGAUUUUCCCCUGAUGGAGGGAGAAUGGUGCCCUGCCACUUUAAAGAUCACGUCCUGCCGUGGCAGGAGAGGACGGUGUUUCCUUUAUUGAAAGGACUUGUCUAAAAAUGACUGGUGUAGAGAAUUUUCUAGUCCUGCUGCCCUCCUUAACACGACUUGCCUUUGUCUCCGAGGUGGAGGGGGACUGGCCCAGCAGCAGUGCUCACCAUGUGAGGAUGCUCACCUUGUUCUCGCCUCCCUGAGCAGCAAGGAAACUCCUCCUCUCUUACUCUGAGGAAUUAGAAGCUAACACUUCCUGAGCUGGCAAUGCCUGGAACAGCCUGGCAGGUCAGGUUUCACACCCAGUGGCUGGACACCUGCAGGGCUGCGUGUGUGUCGGUCUCUUGAAGCACUCUGACAUUUUCUCCCCAGAGUGUAAUGGGAGAGGAAACGACUAAAUAUUUUCAGGUAGAUGAGCGGUCGCAUCUGCACGAGGAAUCAAUCUGGGAACUGAGUGGGUUGUAGGGGAGGUUAGACUCCUGACGAAUGGUGUAAGUAGCUUUCUGGUUCCCAUAGCAUCCCUUUCUGCCCUCCCCCCGAGCACUCCGCUUUCUGCAGAGUCCUGGACUUACCAACACUCGGAUCUUUUUCUUGCUCUGCAGGCAAUGUUUUAGUAGAGCAGAGCCCUCUUCACAAAUUCCUCUCAUGGGAAUAGACCCCCUAGACUAGCCUUAGGGUUCAAGGGUGUCACCACUGUAUAACUGCAUGAGUUAAGUUAGUGUCCUAAUCUCCCCAGUCUGGUAUGUUUACAGGAGGGAACAUCUAUGGGCUUUUUCUGGUCUGCUGGAGAGAGGUCAGCUCUCAGCCAGCCACACCAACUUGACUGGUGGGAAGCGUAGUCGGUUCUUUCAGUUCAGCAGGAUAAGGCAGGGCUGAGUGUGAAUUAUUUGCCCCAGGUGUGAACAGUUACUUGCCAGACCACACCAGCUCCUGUUACUACACCUAGAGAAGCCAUUUCAAUUGCUAACUUUUAAACACAGCCUUUAAAAUAAAAAAAAAAUGCUUUCCACCAUGCAAAAUAGCUUACGGCAGGACAAAAGCCAUUGCCACUGGAAGCCCCUUUAAAAUAUCUCUCCAAAUAACUGUUCAGACUUUCACGUCAACCCUUAAAAUGCUGCAAGUCAGUGACUUUUCCCGAAAUUGACCCCAGGUGCCUAGAGCCCAGCCGCUCACCAGAUCUGCCGCGAGCUUCUCCUCCUCCCAGCCCCAAAACCUCCAAGCACCUAGUACUGUCCGACUUAAACUAAGCCAAUAGACACUACACAUCUCUACCUCCUCCUCCACUGCUGCUAACCCCUCCCACAAGUGCCCUUAUCCUGCCCCACUGCUUCCCAGGUGACUGACUGUCCCCUGCUGCAUCCCACCCAAUGCCAUCUGUCCCCGUUUCCAGCAGUUACACACUUGGAAAUUAGGUGUUGGUUGAAGAGUUAAGGAAAUCUGAAUAUACUAGAAGCUUUGUGCCCUGCAGUAAUCUAGAGCCUUUUAUUCCUUCUUAAUACAGUCAAUUUGAUAUCUGAGUUACUCUGACUGUGCUCUCAGUCCCGAAGGCACCAUGCCAUUCAGAACUGCAGCGUACGGAAGUAAUAGUGCCUAGAUAACAGCAGUGCGCACCUUAUACAAGCAUAACUUUAUCGGAUGGGAGCAGGGCUCUGAGCAAACAAAUUGCCCUUUGCUUCUGCAGUGGCUGAUGUCUGGUAUGUUUUGAUUCAAGAAACAAAAACAAAAAAGCAAGGAGGAAAUUUGCACCAUUCCCCUUUCUGUUGUUGGCCCCUUUGUGGGCACAUCUGGCUAGUCACUGAUCAAGCAAUCACUCCUCCCCUUGGCCAGCAUGUCUUCUAACAUGCUGCAUGCGUAAAAGGUAUUAUCAAUUUCUGGCUGCAGGGGAGUGGGCUGCCCAACCAAUGGGAAGUUGUUGGUGGCAUCCUCUGCGUUGCAAUAAAUGGAGUUGGGGGUAUGGGAAGAGCUGUUAAAUGAAGCACUUUAUUUAAAAAAAAAAAAAAAAAAAAAAACACUUCUAGAAGAGGAGGGCGCUCUCCCCGGGGGUUAUUUUCUCACAUGGUUUACCUUCCUUGCCUAAAUACAAGCCCAGGACCCUGGUUCCAUCCGGGGCACCUUGGAUGCUUGCAGUUGAUCUCAUUGAGACAGAAGAUACCUUCCUAUAUAGCUCCCAAGAGAGAUGAGCCUUUCUGCAGUGUUUGGCCCUUGUUUAACUUGGUGUGGUUUGUGGUAGGCCCAGGCAGGGAAUUAAGAAGAGAGGGAGUGUGUGGGAGGAUUUUCCAAAGCACUGAGGUGAGUUGAAAGUACAAGUCCCAUUCAGUGGGGUUUAUGCUCCUAAUUCAGGGGCUUCUGCAAAUCCUGCCUGACCUGUACAAUUAAAAUACAGUGGGGGGGUUUGGCCUUUUCUGUUGUGUAAAGGCAGUUGGAAAGGAGUUCCCUCCCCCAUCUGAAAAUCUUUCUGCUGUUUUUGUUUUUUAACAUUAGAAAUUCAGAUCUUGUCUCACCUGCUUUGCUUAUCAGAUGCUGGGCAGCUAGAGAGCUGGUAGGAUUGAUAUCACAGGUAUCGAGGAGCAAAUACUGAGCAGUUGAGAGGUAUAGUCGGCUUUUAACAUUGUUUUUCCUGUUAACACCUCUAGCUACAACACCAGAUGCAGUUGACAGGAAAGAUCUUUAUUAAAGGUCGAAACCCUCUGUCCAUGCUUCAGUUACAGGCUAUGAGUGCCUGUUCCAGCUCUCUGGUCCUCCACCACACACAGGGAAGAGGAGACUUGAUGUUACUGACUCCUGAGGGAAAGACACAAACAUCUCUGCUGCCUAGUGAAGCGACAAGGUGCCAUUGCAGGGACCUGUUGUGGCACUGAGUGUUGUGUGCACUGUGUGAUUUCCCCUUGCGUGUACAGAUCAAAACGCCACAGCUUGGGGAUCCAGUCAGACACCUCCCACAUCUAAGUAUGAACCCCUGCCUUACAUGCUCGGAGCGGUUUCCAGCCCAUUCCCGCCUGGAGGGGUUACUGAGCCUUUAGUACCCUUCCGUGGCUGAGGGUCCCUGGAGACUGAUAGCUGGUGCGCUUGGCCUGCACUCUGUCUCUCCAGGAACGUAACUGUUUCAUUCUCUUUUCACACCUUCAUGGAGGAGGCCAGGAUGGCCCCUGCAACAAGACACUGUUCUCUUCAGGUGGUUUACUCUGUAUAAAGACUUGUAUACAUGUGUAAAUGCUGUUUUGUACAGAACUGUGUAAAAUAAACAGCAAUACCCGGUUACCACAUA